GGCCGAGUGCGGGGGCCGGGGCUCAGAGCAUCGCUCGGGCUCGGUGCCGCCGCCGCCGCCGGCUCCGUCCCUGCUCCCGCGUCGUCUCCUGGGUCGGCAGCCCCCUUCCCUCCCGCGGACAUGUCGUCGCCGUCGUCUGGAGAGCGGUACGAGGAGGAAGAGGAGGAGGAAGACGGCGCCUACGAGAGCCAGGCCAAGCGGCUAAAGCCCAGCGCCGCAGCCGAGGAAGGCGAGAUCGAGUACAGCGGCGCGGAGGAGAGCGAGGGCCGGCGGGACAAGCCCCCCGCAUCGCGCGGCGGCGGCGGCUUCUCGGGCGGGGAUGCCGGGGGAAGUCAUCACAAAGUCUCUGUUUCUCCUGUCGUCCAUGUCCGAGGGCUGUGUGAAUCUGUCGUGGAAGCAGAUCUCGUGGAAGCUCUUGAGAAGUUUGGAACCAUAUGCUAUGUCAUGAUGAUGCCGUUCAAGCGCCAGGCUCUGGUGGAGUUUGAAAAUGUCGAGAGUGCAAAGAAAUGUGUGACCUUUGCAGCAGAUGAGCCUGUGUACAUUGCUGGGCAGCAGGCCUUCUUCAACUACUCCACAAGCAAGAGGAUCACUCGGCCAGGGAACACUGAUGACCCGUCUGGUGGGAAUAAAGUUCUCCUGUUGUCAAUUCAGAAUCCUCUCUACCCAAUUACAGUGGAUGUUUUGUACACUGUGUGCAACCCUGUUGGAAAAGUUCAGCGCAUUGUUAUAUUCAAGAGAAAUGGAAUACAAGCCAUGGUUGAGUUUGAAUCAGUGUUUUGUGCCCAGAAGGCAAAGGCUGCACUCAAUGGAGCAGAUAUCUAUGCUGGAUGCUGCACACUAAAAAUUGAAUAUGCAAGGCCAACUCGACUUAAUGUCAUUAGGAAUGACAACGAUAGUUGGGACUACACUAAGCCAUAUCUGGGCCGCCGAGACAGAGGGAAGGGCCGGCAGAGACAAGCUAUUUUGGGAGAGCACCCAUCAUCCUUUAGACAUGAUGGCUAUGGCUCCCAUGGUCCUUUGUUGCCCUUGCCAAGCCGGUACCGAAUGGGAUCUCGGGACACUCCCGAACUCGUUGCUUACCCGUUGCCGCAGGCAUCCUCCUCUUACAUGCACGGUGGAAAUCCUUCUGGGUCAGUUGUCAUGGUUAGUGGGUUGCAUCAGCUCAAGAUGAACUGCUCAAGGGUAUUCAACCUGUUCUGCUUGUAUGGAAACAUUGAGAAGGUGAAAUUUAUGAAGACUAUUCCGGGCACAGCACUGGUUGAAAUGGGUGAUGAAUACGCUGUAGAAAGAGCAGUCACACAUCUCAAUAAUGUCAAGUUAUUUGGAAAGAGACUCAAUGUCUGUGUUUCCAAGCAGCACUCAGUAGUUCCAAGCCAGAUAUUUGAACUGGAGGAUGGCACGAGUAGUUACAAGGAUUUUGCCAUGAGCAAGAACAAUCGCUUCACCAGUGCUGGUCAAGCAUCCAAGAACAUCAUCCAGCCACCCUCCUGUGUGCUGCAUUAUUACAAUGUUCCCCUGUGUGUGACUGAGGAAACAUUUGUAAAGUUAUGUGAGGAUCAUGAAGUUCUCAGCUUUAUUAAAUACAAAGUGUUUGACCCAAAACCUUCUGCCAAAACACUGUCUGGUCUGUUGGAAUGGGAAUGUAAGACAGAUGCAGUGGAAGCUCUCACUGUACUUAAUCACUACCAGAUAAGAGUCCCAAAUGGCUCCAACCCUUACACCUUGAAACUUUGCUUCUCUACUUCAUCCCAUUUAUAAAGAAGGGGACAGCAUGUUAAGAGCUACGUUCACCUGGAUUUGCAAGUUAAAAACUACACUUCGUUCACAAAGCUCUAAAGUGGUUGUUCUAAUGUUGCCUUGUUUCAACUUAAUUCUAAUAUCUUUUAUCUUGUUUUAUAAUAAAUGGAUGUUCCUUCAUAAAUACAAACCAGAUUUUUUUUUUAUUUUUGCCUCUGAGGAGUACAUGUUGUAAGCUUACUACAAAGUUUGUAUUUUGUUAGUGUAGUAACUUCAAAUGUCUAAAGAAGCACCAGUAGGAUAAACAAGAUUGUUUCUUUUCAAAAAAUGAAAUAUAUUUGCAUUUUCAAAAUGUUAAAGAUUAGCAAGUAUUUUUCCAUUUGUAGUCUUAAAUUGGCAGAUAGAGCUAUUCUAGCAGAAUUUUAAAUGUAGAACUUGUUUUUCAAUAUGUUAAGUAGUGAAGUAUGUUGCAAUACUAAAAAGAAGCUUGUAUUUAUAAAAUGCUUUGAUUGGAUUAAUGUUGCACAUACUGAAUUUUUAGUAGUACAGACUUGAUUUAUAGUUUUAAACAGAGCUAAUGUAGAAAAUUAUUAAGUAUGUACACGUGUAUGGUAUGAAUUCAUACUUAUUUAAAGUGGUUUUGGUUUUUUUUUUGUUUUUUGGGUUUUUUUUUAAUCCUAUUUUCCAUUUGCAUUAGCAUGGAAGGAUGCCAUCUACAGCUAGUCCCACCGUAGGGGCCUUUUAAAAAUUAAAAUUGCAAGCCUGUAUCAAUGUGUUCAUCCUCAUUUUCCAUGAUUUAAACUUAAAUCUUUGGUGUUUAGCAAAUCCUUUUGACUCUUUUUUUAAAGCAGUGGUUAUGACAUACUAAAUGGUAAAAGUCAUGGGGGGAGUGACAACAUGGAUCACAAUAGAAACUAAGGUGGUAAAAGUAGUUAAAACAAUAAGAAAGCCUGCACCAUAUCCUUUCAUACCUGGACAGUUAAGUCAACGUUUUCUUCUGUCUGAUUUACCUUAAACAUCUUUUAUGACCAUGAAAGAGUUCAUUGAGUGAAUAGUCUUGGCUUCUCUGUAGUUUAAGAUGAGGCAAUCUCAGUGGGAUUUAGGUAAAGUAACUGACUGUGUGAUGUGAGAUUAAUGAGGUGAGAAAUCUUUCACUUUGGAGAAGAUGUUUUGUUCUGUCCCAGUACUUUGAAACCUCUCUUCUGGAACUGGAGUUGUGUCUUGUUUGGGCUAAGCCCCCAGAAAGAGGAAUCCAAGCAGUGGAGUCUGGGAGCUGUUAUCCUAGGCUCUGUGUGUGUUCCCCUUUCUGAAUUUGCAGUGGAUUGCUGAGGGCUUCAUUCAGUUCUGCUCUUAGAAGAGAACUUACUUUAUCAGUUGUUUUAUGCUUUCUCCUACAAGUUCUUUGCUCUGUCUUUAUGGAUUUUAUCUAUAUCCAUCCUUUAUGCAAGAUGAUUUCUGCAGAGUGCUUGUCCUUGAGAGGUUGUGUUGUAGGAUGUUUACAGGCUGUGAGCAUUGCACAUCUUUCAAUAGACUGGAUUUUCCCCAUUCUCAAUUUCAAGGCAAAUAUUCCUUAUCACAGAAAGGAAAAUGUGUCAGAUGUCCUUCAGGUUUUCUCAUCAACAGUGAUUCAUUUUUGCCCCAUCUACCUCCAUUUUGUUCAUGCUUUAGGUAACAGGUGUUUUAGGUAUUCACAUCAGGCUUUUAAUAUGUCUGAACUGGGAACUGAAAACCAGCUGCUCUUUGGCAAGUCUUUCAGCACAGGGUUUGGAAUAAUCCCAGCCUCCUGUC